AUGAAUGGUUUCCUCAUGCUAUUCGACGAACUUGCUGAUGAUCUACAUAGUGUGGAUCAGUUCAAUGACGAUAUAGCUCAAUACGAUAUGCAAAUAAACUCGAAAAAUGAUAAUACCUGGUUCGUCCGGAUUAUCCAUUGGUUCUUCGCAAAAUGCUCAUUAAUUGUUUGCUUUUGCCCAUGGACAUGCAUGAUAAUAACCACAAUUGUAACAUUAGUGUUGAGCGCGAAAAUUCCGCUAACAAGAAUGCAAAAUGAUAUAAGCGAUUUUACACCGUACGGCGCAAGGUCGAGAAGCGAACUUUUGAGGUAUCGCGAGUUCUUUUCGAAUCACGGCGAACCAAAAGCGAUCUAUGCAUUCAUCACUUCCAAACAUGGAUCGAAUUUGCUCGGUAUUGCCGAAUUGAAUGAGACUGUGCAGGUUCUCGACGCGAUUUCGCGGGACUUCUAUUUGAACACGAUAUCUGGUCCGAAAAAUUUUGAGACCUACUGUAGUGGAUUCUGUUUGCUCAAUGAGCCCGUCAGACAUUUCUAUAGUGGAAUGCUGAUCUCCGGAGAGCAUGGAACAGAUUCCAGUCAUCUUGACCUCGGAUAUCCUGUUACUACCGUAUUAGGCACAAAACUUUACAUGGAUCCGAACUUCUUCGGGGUCAAAAUUGCAGUCGACGAACAGAACGUGGUGUCUGUUGCCGACAAUUCGGCAUUCGGAGAAUCUAUAAAACAAGUGCCCAAUAAUAUAAGAGAAGUCUCAUUGAUUGUGCUUCAAUUCCGAGCCGAAAUUGGAGAUGACGUGGAACCGUUAGAAAUGAGACAAUACGAGAGGAAUAUUGUCGACCAUUUUCAUCAGGAGUAUCAAUCCGAUAAUAUCAAUGUAUACAUUCUGGCAGAUUCGUUCAUAACAGAGGAAAUUGUUCGAGCUGGUUUAACACUACUUCCAUUUUUGGUUAUCGGUUUUACAAUUAUGGCUGUUUUCUCGUCGGCUACUUUUGUAAUUAGUGCAAUUUUCCAAAAACAAAUGAGCUACAACAAGAUCGUUCUCGCUGUAAUGGCGUGCGUCUGCCCAUUCAUGGCGUGUGGUGCAACACUUGGCGGAAUGUUUCUCGCCGGUUUUCGAUUCGGCUCGAUCCUUUGUGUCACCCCGUUUCUCGUUCUCGCCAUUGGUGUCGAUGACGCCUAUUUGAUGGUGAACGCGUGGCAAAGAAUCACCAGUCAUCGGCGAAUGUUGGCCAAACGAGAGGGUGUUGAGAAGGAGCUGAUCACGAGGAUCACUGAGAUGUUUAUUGAAACUGGGCCCUCGAUCACGAUUACUACAAUCACCAAUGUUCUGGCUUUCGGAAUCGGGGCGACAACGCCGGCAGCGGAAAUUCAAUUGUUCAGCAUUGGAAAUGCGUUGGCUGUGCUUACGGAUUUUGUGUUUACUAUUACCUUAUACGGAGCUCUGAUGGCUGUUGUCGGAAAGUAUGAGAUUCAAAACGAAUUCUCGACAUCUGAAUCUGACGCUUCUUCACAGAGCUCCGCGGAGCUUGAGAACUCUCAACAAUACCCCGAACCGCCAAAAGAGAAGCCUUGCGAGAAGAUGAUCAUUCAAUUUUGUUCGAUUCUUACCAACAAAUGGAUGUGCUCGUUGAUUCUUGGCCUUCUCGCCGUCUAUUGGUAUGUGUGCAUUGUGGGUGCAAUGAACAUCAAAUCGGAAUUGAGUCCCAUCAAAUUAUUCCUUCAAAAUUCGGAAAUCGUCGAGAUUUUCCAACAAAGAAAAUCCCAUAUCAUCCCAUACUAUUCGGCGUGCUGGAUUCUAGUGGAUAAUCCCGGCGAUAUUAGUGAUCCUGCACAGAGGGAGAAGCUUGAUGAAAUGAUGAAAGCAUUCGAAAGUCUGCCGUCUGCAAACGGAAAAUAUUCAACGAAAUUCUGGCUGAGAGACUAUGAAGAUUUCCUCAAGCAGAGUGAUGAUAUUGAUCUACCAGAUGAGGAAGAAGAGGAGAAUGAGUUUGCGAUAGAGUUUAGUAGAAAUGGAAGUCAAUCUGUGACCCCUUCACAAAUUGUGAUUGGACAGGGAAACGAGUUGAAGCAAUUUCUUGAGUGGCCCGAAUUCUCUUUUUGGAGCGGAUUCAUUCAAUACGAGGAGAACCCAAUUAGCCAACAAUAUGUGAUGAAGAAGUUUCUGGCAAUCACUGCGUUCCAUGGUUCAGAUCUUGUUGAAUGGUCCCAACGCGCAAAACUGUUGAACGAAUGGAGAGUGGUUGCCGAUCAAUACAAAUCGUUGAACGUAUCGGUUUACGAAGAAGACGCGAAAUUUCUUGAUCUCAUCGAAACAAUGGCGCCUGUCGCAAUGCAAUCAGCCCUUUGGACUUUCGCUUCGAUGUUCGUCGUCGCCGCGCUCUUCAUCUCGCAUCCGACGACACUCUUCGUCGCAACAUUCUCAAUUUUGAGCACCUCCAUUGGAGUAUUUGGAAUUAUGUCAUGGUGGGGAGCUGAUCUAGAUCCGAUCAUGAUGUCCGCUACAGUAAUGUCAAUCGGAUUCUCCGUUGAUAUUCCAUCUCAUAUCAGCUACCAUUACUUCCAAACUGCAAAAGAGUCGUCAAACAUCAGACGUCGAAUAUACCUGACAAUCGAAUCCGUCGGAUUCCCCAUCCUCGAAGCCUCUCUAUCCACUUCACUGUGUGUCAUUUCGCUGUUCUUUGUCGAUUUGAAUAUGGCUCAUAUAUUCGGCAAAUGUAUGCUUCUCGUCGUUGUGAUUGGACUCAUCCACGGAAUGCUAGUGAUGCCAGUGAUAUUCUCACUGUUAGACACUGUUCCGCGGAAAUUUUCUCCAAAGUCGCGCGCAGUGUCUACCGUAACCGCUUCUACAGUAAUCUGUAACGAUAUCUAG